AUAAUUGAGGCUAAACAGUGACAAGUGCAUUUUUAACUGAAAAAUGGAAAAGCUAAAGGUAAAAACUCUCUCGUUAUUCAAGAAGUGCGCUCCAGAGUUGAGACUCGUUCAUCGCCAGCAGCUCAGGCUCAGCCAAACCCACCCCUAAAAGUUGGAAACCGGAGCUGGCGACCCUCGGAAGGUUUCGUUCUUGUUGAUUCUUCAUUGCCAUAUCUGCAUGCAGUCAACCAGUUUGAUUCAUUUGGCAAUCAGGUAAAUAGAUUCCAGGAGAAUUUUGAGGAAGACAGUCAAAAUCAGGCGGAUUUCGCUUCUCACGGGGAAGAAUUGAGUGCAAGUCAUGAAUAAUCAGCAGAAGGAGAUGAGGAGAGGUUACCUUUUCAAAAACUCAAUUGCUUUUGUACUCUUGGUGGUGUCCCUUUGCUGUUUCUUGGUGGUGAUCAUUUCAAUGCUUAACGUUCCGGAUGCAGCACUAGGCAAUGCAGCAAUGCCCUUGUACAAGAACCUAAGCAUCCUUAAAGUCUCUGAUAAUGACAACCCACUCUCUACAUUUGGGAACAUGAUGAUUCAGAUGUUACCCCAAGAUCUUGCUUUCACUGUUUUUAUCCCUUCCGAAACAGCUUUUACGCGCGAUCUAAGGUUACGCAAGAAUGACAGUUUGGUUGGAGAAAAGAUGAAUGAUGCAUACGCAGUGAUCUCUCGUGUGUUAGGUUUCUCAGCUAUUCCUCGCAUUCUGGAUUCAGCUACGGUGCCUGCUGGUGGAGAGGUGUCUUAUGAUUCCUUGUCCGGGUUCACAUUGUUCGUAUCAAAGGAUGUAGGAGGAGUGCUGAUGGUGAAUGGAGUGAAGUCAGAGAGGGUUGAUAUAAGGAGAGGGAAGCAUGUUGUGCAUGUUAUGGAUGGUGUGAUUAUGGAUGCUGAGUUUGAGCAGUCAGUUGAGCCCGAUUUUGAUGUAGAUGAUUGACAUUAGUUUGGAUGGGAAUAGCUAUGAUUCCAGUCUUCAUUCUUAUACACUUUCUCAACUGAAAUUUCAUAUGAUGUAUAAAGAAUUCAGGGGAUGAUGUCUUGAAGGGAUAUAGUUAUGAUUGUAGUCUUUUUCCCAUUCUUUACCCUUUCAAUCUGCAGUUUUGUGUAAGCAUAGAAGAAAAUGUAAGACUAAGAGCAGCAGUGACAUAGUUGCAAACCUUAAGAGCCAAGGCCAUUAAAACCCUUUCCAGUAA